AUCGGCGACCGCGGGAGAACCGUGUUCCGUCAAGGACAGCGAAAGGAGCGCGGCGCGUCUGGCCACUGUGGGGCAAACAAAAACGGGAACCCGUCCCACGCCUGCAGGCAUUCUGCAUCGCCGCUUCGCCCGACGAGCAGACGACCGGCGGAACAAAGCAGACCGAGGCAGUGUCGUCGUAUCGUUCUGCGCCUGGCAUACAGCACUAUACUCCCCGGCUCUCGAGAACAACGCGAGUACAGUGGUGGUUUGCCUUUGAAUGCAAGCAAGCCCUUGCCGCUGCUUUGAAACGAACGACGGCGUGAUCGUUGGUGUGCGGGUGUUUCGGUACAGUUAGCGAUCUGUUCGCGCUGCGUGGCUAGCAGGGUGCUUUUGGAGUACGGACGCACAGAACAGACGUUUGACGGACGUACGGGUUUACGCGGUUGGAAACAAAAAAGAAAAGAAAAAAAAGGAAAAUGAGCGGCCACCUCGGAGACCUGAGCCCAACACAGGAGGCAGCACUGCGAAGCUUCAGGGAGGCGGUUGGAGAUGUACUGAAGCCCGAGCAUGACGACCGCUACCUCCUUCGAUGGCUCAGAGCCCGGGACUUCAACCUCAACAAAGCCGAACAGAUGCUGCGAGCGCACGUCGAAUGGAGGAAGCAGUUUGGCACCGAUGACGUCAGGAAGUGGCCAGAGUCACCAGAGGUUUUGCGCAAGUACUACCCUGGUGGCUUCGUGGGCCACGACCACGAGGGUCGACCGGUGUCCAUCAUCACGCUCGGCAGCUGCGACCUCAAAGGCCUGCUGAACAGCGUAAGUGUAGACGAGGUCAUGAGGCACGUUGUUUGGCAGUUCGAGAAUGCGGAAGAGGAUAUCAAGCAGCAGUCCGAAAAGCUGGGCAAAGCCAUCGAGACCAUCACGUACAUUUUCGACUUUGACGGAUUCGCCCUCUCCACACUGGCUUCGAAAGCAGUGAUUGACUACCUUACAAAUCUCAUGUGCAUCUUCGAGGACAACUAUCCAGAGAGGCUUCACAAGGCGUUCGCCAUCAACGCUCCCAGGUACUUCCCAAUCUUUUGGAAGAUCAUUCGGCCAUUCCUGAGUGAACAGACGGCGCAAAAGCUGGUCCUCUUCGGUAAAGACGAGCAAGCCUGGAAGAAAGCCCUGCUCGAUGACAUCGACGCCGACCAGCUGCCGCGACACUGGGGAGGCACGCAGACAGAUCCCGACGGAAACCCCCGAUGCCCUUCAGUGGUUAUAGACGGCGGCGUGGUUCCGACCCGCUACUACCGGAACGCGAAUGGAAAUUCGCCGUCCGAGCUGCAGGAGUGCUCGGACCAGAUCCCCGCGGAAGUGGCGCGGGCGAACACGGCGGUGAGCCGCCAAGCGACGCUGGACGUGCCCGUGCGGGUCGACGAGGCCGGCAUGCUGCUUGCCUGGGAGAUAGUCUGCGACGACCUGCUGUUUGGAAUCUCCUACAAGGGAACCGGCGCGUUGCCCGCUGAGAACAAUAGCGCCGAAAUCAUUCUCAAGCCAUCCCGCAUCAAGGCUAUCGCCAAGGUGCCCGAGACCGGAUCGGUGACGUGCUCCAAGGCGGGCCUGUACGUACUCCACUUUGACAACAGCUUCAGCACGUUCACUUCCAAGAAGGUGUCCUACUCGGUGCGACUCCUUGAAGCAUCUGCGAUGCGUUCCGAGUCCUAAACCUGUGCGCGCCCUGCCCACCGGUGGUGCCGACGCAUUGAACUUUCCCACGGGGCUCCACGUUCAAGCUGAACGCCCAUCGUUGUUAUUGUUUUUCGUUGUUAAUGUAUCACGCGCACAACGUAAGGCCCGUCCUAGUAUACCCUAGUCGAGCGGGCAUUUGUGUGCACGUAUCUCUCAAACUGACACAACGUUGGACAUGAUGGGGUGAUAGUUGCCGGGAGUGUGACGUUAUUUCAAAUGCUAGCAACACGUAAGAUGUACGACAACAGCGCUACAGCCAGCUUCAUCUGUUCCACUGGUAACACUAACCAUGCACAUGCACGACGUAUACCGUGGUUCCCCGCUCGACAGAUUGAGCUGCUAAUUUAGUUGCUGCGGAGGCAACUGAUCUUAUAAUAACAAUUCCACUGUGUUUUUCUCUCUCGACGCGCUUGUAUGGUUUGCGGAGAGUGUUGUUGCAUGUAAAUGCAUAUAUGGCACCCGCCGUGGCUGCUCAGUGGCUAUGGUGUUGGGCUUCUGAGCACGAGGUCGCGGGAUCGAAUCCCGGCCACGGCGGCCGCAUUUCGAUGGGGGCGAAAUGCGAAAACACCCGUGUACUUAGAUUUAGGUGCACGUUAAAGAACCCCAGGUGGUCGAAAUUUUCGGAGUCCUCCACUACGGCGUGCCUCAUAAUCAGAAAGUGGUUUUGGCACGUAAAAGCGUAUAAUUUAAUUUUAAUGCAUAUAUGGCCUCAUUAUGACGUGUUCGCAUGUGUACCGCCACUAUGAAAUUGCAAACGGCUGGUUUUCCUGCACAUUGUUUAUUCAGCCACAAAACAACACCAUUCUGCAGUGAGCGUUAUGUUGCGUUCCAGCGGUGCACUCAGAAGCCUAUGUGUUCCCUUGUUGGGUCUCCUGGCAUUAGCACGAAUGUUCUCCUAGAACGAUGGUGUGCUUGUGUUGUGUCGUUUCGACUCUCAGUGUAACCUCCACUAUGACGUCGCAUAUAAUUGUUGUAGCGCCAGUGUUGUGCAUCGUACGUUAAAGAACACGACUCUUACAUAAGAAAAAAGUACCACCGUUACGAAGUUUUUCCGUUCGUCAGAGCAAUUUGUUAUUGGCCUGGCGUUCUUUCUGUUAACACGUCCAACAUCACGACUGUAUGCGAGUUAUUCCUAUGAAAUACUCUAGCCUAAGAACGUUUUGUGACUACGGACCAUGAUCUCAUAUAUCAUGCAUGUUUUGAGCAUUGUUACCAUGAACGCGGUUCAUGCAAAGUUGUCUGUGGCUUUGGGAAACGAAUGGUUGAAACUUAAAACCACCAAAGGGCUGAAUGCUGCUUCUCGUGCAAACGUCCCUGUUGUAUACUCUUGGCAGGUUGACCGUGCCUAUGUAGUAACUUUUGUUUUGCUAACUGUGAUUGAUGUUAACAGCACGGUGAACGAAUUAGUACAAUUAUUGUCAUUUUUAUUCCUCAGAACGAAAGUGGGCGUUAGCGCUAUGGGUGUUCAAUGACUGAGAACGCCUUUGCGCGGCAACGCGAAGCAGAGACUGUGAUGAAAACGUUCUUCCAAGGCAGCUACGAAUUGCGUCCACCACUUUCGGCUCCGGCAUAAAGGAGCAAGACCAAGCUGGCGAAGCGGAAAGUGCCCCUUGACGCCUUUAUCUGAACUUGUUCCUCAAGGUUGGACCACUGAUGAUUGCGAAUAAAAGCGUUCGCAGAACGCACGUUAUUUUUCUCA